UCAUCAAAUUUAUGAAAUAUUCAGUGUUAAAAAAAUGCGCAUAAAGAUUGUGAAAUAAAUAUGUUUGUCAUUCGAAUGCCAAACAGCAGCCUUGUUCUAGAUUAUUCACAUCUUUCUCCCAAAAAUAGCGACAUAGUAUCGUCGGUUACCACGUGAUGAAGGCGGAGCCAAGUGCCAAAGUUAUCUGGAAUCACUACGAACUACUGUUUUUUUCGUAUCUCACCACACUACAUUUUUUCUAGAAAAAGAGCACCGAACUACAGUACAAACUACGAAAAAAGUAACGACUACAGCAAUUUUACUACUUGGAGUACGCUACUUUCCCCACUGGCUUUAUACUAAUUGAAAUGUUUUACUGGUUCAGUGUAUAUCAUCAUAUGUGAAAUGAUAAUGAUUACUUAAAUAUUUGAUUUAAUGUUUAAAUAUGUUUCAUUUCCCCCAUAUUUUGCUCAGCUCUAUCGUCAUGGUGAUCGUUCUCCUAUAUACAUGUAUCCAAAUGAUCCAAAUCCAAAGGGUAUCUGGCCAGAAGGAUUAGGAGCAUUAACAGAGCUUGGAAAGCAACAGCAUCGUAAUUUGGGAAAGUAUUUCCGAAAUCAUUAUCAGGAUUUUAUGACUUCCGAUCCCUCAGAGAUCAAUGUACUUAGCACUCACAAAUCUCGGUGCAUUCAAAGCGCUAUUUCAAAUCUUCAAACAUUUUACCCAUUCAAUGAAGCCGUUGAGUUUCAAGAACAAGCAAAUGAUGCACAAAUACCCAUAUUUUAUAUGGCAUCUGCUUAUGAUGAGAUUUUAGGGACAGAUGUUGAUUGUCCCAGAUUACGGAAUGAGAAAAAGAAGGCUGUUGAUGAAAAAAUGGAUAAACUUUCUGGAAAGUUUAGAGAAAUGUUCGAGUUUUAUUCAUAUCAUGCAGGUGAUGAAAUUAAUAGCUGGAGGACGGCUGUUUCAUUAUAUGACACAUUAUUCAUCGAAAAAAAACAUAAUCACAUGAUUCCUGAAUGGGCAGAUGCAUACUGGUCAAAGUUGGAGGAAAUUCUAGAACUAGCACACUCAUGGCAUACAGGCAUCGCUCUACGUCUUAGAGCAGGUCCUUUCUUAAAAUAUAUCAUUGAAAACAUGCACGACAAAAUUCAUGGAAUAUCUCGUUUCAAGUUUCAUGCAUUUUCUGCGCAUAACGUUAAUCUAAAUAUAAUUUCCAAAGCGUUAAGCUUAAAUCUCUCAACGAAGCCACCCUAUUGUGCGACGCUAAUAUUUGAGUUGUACAGUGGAACCACCAACUCCAACUUCGUUCGAAUACUCUACUUGAAUUCAACUGAACCUGAAAAAGAGAUAGAAGAACCUCAUGUGUUACUGUUGGGUGACUGCGAAGAAUUCUGCCCUUUAGAAUACUUUAUGAAAUACACUCGAUAUUUGAUACCACUCAACUUCCAAGAAGAAUGCAAGAUUCCUGAAUAUCAACAAACAAAUUUCCCAUUUGGUAUAAUUAUGGCAGUAUUUGGAGUUUUCAUUUUAAUUAUAAUAGCAGUGUUUUUUAGAAGUUUUAGAGAAAUGUAUCAUCGACUUAGCAUAAUUAAACAUGAUAUAUUGCACCAAAAGGUGUAGGAAGAUGUUGUGAUAUGUAUUUGAAAAAAAAAA